AUCAGCUGGACGGGAACCUUUGAUCAGAGGGAGGAACAUUUUACUGCGCGGACCAACAUGGCCGCGCUCCGUAAGGGGGCAGCUUGCCUCAGUUUCCUAAGGAGUUCUUCUCGUAUCCUGUUCAGUAGCAGGAAACCUGUCGUCCACAAACUGGGAAAAUGGACAAAUAUUGUGUACACUGGUAUAGCGUCUCUAACCGUAGGCGCUGGGCUCUGUGCUGUCCCUUUCACACAGGUGGAAGACCUCUCUCAUGACUCCUUGAUCAGACGAGCAGCCUCUCUGGUUACAGGCAGUUCAAGCACUUUUCUCUCUCAGACCACCUUGGCACUCAUAGAUGCCAUCGCAGACUAUUCAAAGGCUGUGCACACACUGGUUGCCCUCCAAAAACGCUAUGCGGCCUCAAUAGGAAAACUGACGCCAGCAGAGGAGGAUUCCAUCUGGCAGGUGAUCAUAGGCCAGCGAGCACAGGUUAAUGACAAACUAGAUGAAUACAAGCGUUUCGAGUCAACCUGGGUCAACGCAGUCAAGUUGUGUGAAACUGCAGCUGAGGCGGCGUAUACAUCAGGAGCUGAGCAGGCGUCCAUCACGGUGCAUACAAACAUUCAGGUGGCCCAAUCCCAGGUGGAAGAAGCAUGGAAACUUUCACAAGACGCAGAUAAGAAGUUGGCUGAGACUAAAGUGAUGGAGAUUGAACGGAUGGCUCAACAUGCUGUCUCCUUAGAGAGUAAUGAUGAGGAAGAUGUGCCUGAUGCAUAUCUCCGAGAGGACUGAAACAAAGAGAUGUAUCAGAAAGGAGGAAAGCACAAAAAUUGACCACCAUGACCACAACAGCCAUGACAUCUGAAUAUGUUUUAAUCACCUCUGCAAUGUUUGCCUUGCUCAAAUGUAUGUGCUCACAUCAGAUAAUGCAGAAACUCGUUUCUUUAAUUCAGCACUUUGUUUGGUUUUUGAUGUUUUGAUUUGAUUGAUUAUCAUCUCUCUGCUGCAUAGAAGAGUGUGCUGUAUGUGUAUUGUUUUGUGACUUGAUCAGCAUCAAACUUUUUUUAAUUUUUUGUUAUAUUUGUCAAAAUUGGUUAUAAUAAAGGCAAGGCACUGAACAAAUGCACAAAACUUUGGUUGUGGAUCUAAAUGACUGAAAAAUAUGUAACCGAUUCUAGAAAUAGAAGCAAAACAAUGUUUCCGUUGCAGAAGGUUGACAGAGGAUGAGUUUAAAACAGCAAUUUUGAUUUGUUCUGACUUAAUUGUUGUUGUGAUUGGAUAUCGUAUGUGAGAGGUGUUUGUGCCAACUAUGUGAACAGAAUGUCCUUUGCGGUCAUCUUGAAAAAUGCUCUGUUUACUGAAGGGACCAGAGGCCGCUUUGUAAAUAGCAUAAAAUCCGGAGAUACCACACAGUUGGCAAAAUAACUCUAUAAUUGGGAAGUUCAAUCAUUCAGCUGGAGGUAACACAUUCAUUUUUGCACAUUGGUGUUAUU